UUUUUUUUUUUUCCAAUUCACUUACUGAAUCAUUAUAUCGCAGGCGAAACAUUUAAUUUCGUAGAAUUCUUGUUUUAUUCCAGGUGUUCAUUGUCAUACACUAUGUAUUCGAACCCUUCGACAGUGUAUGCUCCUAUCGAGGAUUCUCCCGUGACAUUUACAUGCGAUUUCCCCAAUGUCUUCAAAGGAAUGGAAGAAUAUGAAUCGAUGGCCGAUUUCAUCGAGAGAGUGGUUCGGCCCGAUGACGAGUACAACCGACGGUGUGAGGAUCUGGUGAACAGGCUGAAGAAGUUCCUAGAAAACAACACUGGACUCGGUGUGAAAAGGGUGUUUGUCGGUGGAUCGGUGGGGAAAAUGACAAGUCUAUCACAUUAUUCUGAUGUCGAUCUGAUUGUUUUUAUUGAUGACUAUCCCACCAUGGUCGAGUUCCAAAAAAACCUGGACAGCGUUUUACAAAAACUGGAACAACACGUCCUGCACGACUUGAACUGGGCACAAGAAGUGGAACACACCCGCACCACACAUCACGCCGUUCAGUUCAAGACAAAGCUGAAGGGAUACACUGACGCUGUCCUGCGGAAAGUUGAUCUCUUGCCAGCGUUAGAUCGACUUGAUCAAGUGCCCAUGGAUCACGUCUACAACGAAAUGAAGGCACUGUCGGCCAAAGAACGAAGAUACUACUCUGUAUGUUUCACCGAGGAGCAAACAGAAUUUGUCAAAUCCAUGCCACAUGAAGUUAGGGAUUUGAUACGAUUUGUGAAGUACUGGAAAGAGACAAAUGACCUUCCAGUGAGGUCAUAUUUCCUGGAGCUGCUCGUUAUAUACAUUUGGAGUGAAAGGCGGCAAAGAUUCGAAACGUUCUGCGUUUGUUCCAUGUUUAAACGAGUAGUUUAUGCACUGAGAAACAUUGCCCAAAUGGAGAUAACAUGGCCGGACAUAUAUACCUCUACAGACUACUCUCCUCUGCCACCUAAACCAGUUCUGCUGGAUCCGAUGAACCCCUACAACAACGUAGCGCCAUCUGGUGAUGAUUUGGAAGAAAUUGUUGACAAAUCGAUAGAUCUUCUGAUCAGACUCGAGGAUCUGAUGUCAAAGGAUACAUUUGAAUUUCACAAAGAUGCCUGCUGUGUCUUGAGUUAACCGAGACUGGUUGUCGUUUGUUGUCACGAUUAACAGGCCUUUUGAAGAUUAGUUAAAAAAAACAAACAAAAAAAACAAACAAACCCACAGAACUUUCAACUGGAGGACACGAUUAUAUUACUGUGAAGCGUCAACACAAGCAGAACACAUAGAUUUAGAAAUAAAGGCAAUGAUGCCAA